AUGGUUGCCGAUGAAAGAGAUGAGUAUCGAUUAGGAGAGCGAUUGUAUAAAACUUUGGUGGGUAGGAGAUAUUUGGUUGUGUUGGAUGACAUGUGGAGUGUUGAAGUUUGGGACAAGAUAAAGUUCUAUUUCCCUGAUAAUGGCAAUGGGAGUCGCCUCGUUUUCACUACUAGGUUUUCUGAUUUGGCUGUAUAUUGUAGAUCAGUUUGUGUUAGGAUGAAUCUUUUAAAUGAGUAUGAAUGUUGGGAGCUAUUAUGUGUGAGGGUAUUUGGACAUGAAGAUUGCCCCGUUGAACUAGAACAAAUUGGAAGAGAGAUUGUUGCAAUGUGCAAAGGGCUUCCUCUGUCGGUUACUGUGAUUGGAGGGCUUCUUCAAAAGUCAGCUAAGACAGUUGAAUAUUGGCAGGAUGUGUUAGUGAAUAUAAGAUCAGUUUUCAGUUCAGGAGAGGGUAAUCGAGUCUCGGAAGAGGUUGCGGAGGAUUACUUGAAGAAUCUCAUUGAUAGGAACCUCGUUGAAGUUGGUCAGUUACAUGAGAAUGGAAAAAUUAUAUCUGUUCAGAUUCAUGAUCUUGUAAGAGAUCUAUGCAUAAGUAUAGCAGAGAAAGAGAAGUUUUGUCCUGAUGGGAGAGUUUGGUUUACGAGCAAGGAUUCUUGCGUAGAAGAUGUGUUGCAGAAGUGUAAGCUGCGUUUCUUUGCUUACAGCACACUGUCUUAUAACUCCUUGUUCGUGCUUCCUUCUUCAAUAUCCUUGCUUUGGAAUCUGCAAACAUUGAUUUUUGGAGGAAUAGGAUAUUGUCUAGUUAAUGCACCAGUUGAAAUUUGGAAUAUGUCACAACUUAGGCACGUUGUGUGCAACAACAUUCAUCUACCCGAUCCUUCACCAAGUGAGGGGGGGGAUGGCUUUUGCAUUUUGAGAAACUUGCAAACACUCGUGGGAGUAGUGAAUUUCAGAUGGAGCGAGGAGGCGUGCAAGAGAAUCCCCAGCGUCAAGAAAUUGCACGUGAGGUUUGAUGAUGGCUUCGCAGGUUAUGAAGAUUGCUUGUGCGUAGUGUAUCCCAGAAUUUCCGGUGUUUACAUAAGCUUGAAUCGCUGA